AUGAUCCUCCACACCACGUGCACGCUGUUUGUAGACCCUCUCGUAGAGAAACUUAGGUGUGUUGUUCGGCCUCAUGCAGUGCUGCGCAGAGCGAUUAGUGUGACGUCAAUGUACCGCGAGAGUGAUUCAAAAACAUAUUUUGUACUCUCCUCUCGCGACACUGUGAUAUUACACGCCGAUCGGUCUGCCCAGCUCCGAACUUCUAGUGAACACAUUUCCUCCCAUUGGCAAAGAAACAUGCCACCAAAGAAAAUAACACGAAGCAGUGCAAAAUCAAACAAACACACCGAGGAGGUGGAUGCCCAACAGAAUGUGAACGAGGAGUCUGAUGACUCUCGAACUGGCAAAAGAAAACGUUCAGCAGCAGUUAAGCUGGAUGUGAAGAAAAAUAAAAGUGAUGAAACCGCCAAAGCAUCUUACAGUCAUUGGUUGAUGAAAUCAGAACCCGAGACUCGAAUUGAAAACGGAGUGGAUGUUAAGUUUGGAAUUGAGGAUCUGAAAGUCCUGCCCAAUCAAACAGGAUGCUGGGAUGGAGUGAGAAAUUAUCAGGCACGUAACUUUAUGAGAGAUAUGCGCGUGGGCCAGCAGGCUUUCUUUUACCACAGUAACUGUAAAGAGCCAGGCAUCGCUGGUCUCAUGAAGAUUGUAAAGGAGGCUUAUGUGGACCAUACCCAAUUUGAUAAAAAAGAUCCACAUUAUGAUCCGUCCAGCAAACCAGAUAACCCUAAAUGGAGUAUGGUGGAUGUUCAGUUUGAAAGGAUGACCAAGCGUUUCAUCCCUCUCUCUGAGCUGAAGAAUUAUCACUUGCAGCACAAAGUUAAGGGUGGUCCUCUGAAAGAUGUAGCCCUCUUCACCAGAGCUAGACUGUCAGUUCAGCCUCUCACUGCAGCGGAAUUUGACUUUGUUUUGAGUUUAGAGAAUGUCGACCUUGUAUGAAUAUCACCCAUGAACAUCAUUGAAGUCUUCAGUCCUGUUACAUUUCUCUCAAAAUUUUAUAGUCAUUUGUGUAUUUUGCAAAAUAUACAUUACUGUAACCUCAAAAGCACUUAACAAAAUGUCUAAAUAAUAAAUUUGAAACCACCAAAAUUUGUAAAAGAACUAUAAAUUAAUCAAUUUCAUUCUUUACACCAUAUCAUACAACUGUCAUAAGAUUUGUAUAAAAUAAGAAAUCAUCCUUGAUGCAGAAGUUAGUAAAGUUUAUUACAGCGUGGCUAAUUAAAAGAACCUUUUGUAGAAGUGUUCAUGGGUGCAGGUUGCUAAUACCUUAUCCCCUGAACAGCCAUUCAACAAAUAAACAAUGACAUACAUAUAAAAAAAAUAAGAAAUCACUUUAAAAGUAAUGAGUGACGUCCAAUAACGAAAGGGACGUUCAAUCACAAAAGGGAUCAAUGGCAGCCUGUCCAAACAGCAUUUAAGGCCACUCUUAUGAAUACUGAAGCCGUUCACUUAUUUUCAAUACGAAGUACAAUACAACAAAUCAAAAGCGUCUGUUAAUAAUAAAAAAGAUUAAUGAAAAAGAUGACAGCCAGUGCCCUGCAUGGGUUAGUAGUUUUACGUGUAGUUCCCUUUAAUAAUAAAAGGCUAAAGUAUCAAUGAAAGCCUUCAAUAUUAAUAUCUUAUGUUACAGAAUAA